ACAAAAUAUACCUUCAGAUUAUUGAGAUCAAUUACAAAAUGGCCGAAACUAAGGGGAUCAUACUGUUCAUACUCUGGUAUAUUGGCAUCGCCUACAACUACAUUCGAGAUAACCGCAAGAGGGGCAGUCAUCAUUCUUACAGCGCAAGUUCAUCAGAGAUUUCUCUCCUCGCCAAAGUUGGCGGAAAUCAAAAAACGAAUAAUGGAAACCUCAGCCAUAAAGCACUUGUUCUUGACGAGAUCCCAGUUAUAAACACAUCAGCAAUUGUAGAAGCGCUAGAGACUGCAGUAGACCACGGAGAAUCGACAAUAGGAGACGCAGUGGAAGUCGUGCAUGCUGUCAAAGAAACCGUUGAGGAGUUUGAUGUAGAAGAAGUAAAUCCCGAUGAAGUCUAUGAUGAUGAAUAAUAUUUAAAUAUAAAAACUAUUUUCGCAAACUCUUUAGAUAAAUUUGCAAUGAAAUAUUAUAUUAACAUCAAAGAAUUACGAAUCAUACAAAU